CCCCUUCCAGGUGGCAAGAGGGCUUUGAGAUCAGUGAUACAUCCGCUGAUUCUAGUGUUUUCCACCCAAGUUUUCAAGCCUUUGGGUGUCCAAACAGAGGACAAGAGAUCAAGAUCUCUAAAGGUCUAGAAAAACCCGGGGCCACUUCCAUUUUGUGAGGUUCUCAGCAUACUGAAAACUGAAGACGUGCUAAGAGUGGGUUACUAAAAUGGUGGCGUAUCUGAAAUCUUUCCACGGCACCAUGCCUUCUCUCAUCCUGUCAUCCCUGUAUCUCAGGGCUCAUCCUCUGCCCUGACCCCUAAUCUCACUUCAGGAAACAUAAAUUGAAAGUUCAGAUAACCUCGGAUUGUGUUACUCUGGACUGUGUGUUAUGCUGGGCGACGAGGCUGCGCAGGCUCCUGCGCCGAGCCAUGACUCUGCAGGAACUGCGGCGCCGGCUCACACGGCGCGGAGCGGGGCACGGCUGGCCGGCCAGGCGCCCGCGCUGCGUUCUGCUCACGCCCAUAGGGGCCCGCGUUCGCUGCAACCGGCCCUCCUUGAUGGCUGAUCGUCGCACUCCUACCCCUCCCGCCUGCUGCCGUUUGCCCCGUCAGCUAAGGGCGCGCGAUGCGUCCCAAGUCUCGGCUCCAGCAACCAGACGGAUCAUGGAAGGGAAGUGGUUGCUGUGUAUGUUACUGGUACUUGGAACUGUUAUUGUUGAGGCUCAUGAUGGACAUGAUGAUGAUGUGAUUGAUAUUGAAGAUGACCUUGACGAUGUCAUUGAAGAGGUAGAAGACUCAAAACCAGAUACCACUGCUCCUCCUUCAUCUCCCAAGGUCACCUACAAAGCUCCAGUUCCAACAGGGGAAGUAUAUUUUGCUGAUUCUUUUGACAGAGGAACUCUGUCAGGGUGGAUUUUAUCCAAAGCCAAGAAAGAUGAUACCGAUGAUGAAAUUGCCAAAUAUGAUGGAAAGUGGGAGGUAGAUGAAAUGAAGGAAUCAAAGCUUCCAGGUGAUAAAGGACUUGUAUUGAUGUCUCGGGCCAAGCAUCAUGCCAUCUCCGCUAAACUGAACAAGCCCUUCCUAUUUGACACCAAGCCUCUCAUUGUUCAGUACGAGGUUAAUUUCCAAAAUGGAAUAGAAUGUGGUGGUGCUUAUGUGAAACUGCUUUCUAAAACACCAGAGCUCAACCUGGAUCAGUUCCACGACAAGACCCCGUAUACGAUUAUGUUUGGUCCAGAUAAAUGUGGAGAGGACUAUAAACUGCACUUCAUCUUCCGACACAAAAACCCCAAAACGGGUAUUUAUGAAGAAAAACAUGCUAAGAGGCCAGAUGCAGAUCUGAAGACUUAUUUUACUGAUAAGAAAACACAUCUUUACACACUAAUCUUGAAUCCAGACAAUAGUUUUGAAAUACUAGUUGACCAAUCUGUGGUGAAUAGUGGAAAUCUGCUCAAUGACAUGACUCCUCCUGUAAAUCCUUCACGUGAAAUUGAGGACCCAGAAGACCGGAAGCCCGAGGAUUGGGAUGAAAGACCAAAAAUCCCAGAUCCAGAAGCUGUCAAGCCAGAUGACUGGGAUGAAGAUGCCCCUGCUAAGAUUCCAGAUGAAGAGGCCACAAAACCUGAAGGCUGGUUAGAUGAUGAGCCCGAGUAUGUACCUGAUCCAGACGCAGAGAAACCUGAGGAUUGGGAUGAAGACAUGGAUGGAGAAUGGGAGGCUCCUCAGAUUGCCAACCCUAAAUGCGAGUCAGCCCCUGGAUGUGGUGUCUGGCAGCGACCUAUGAUUGACAACCCCAAUUAUAAAGGCAAAUGGAAGCCUCCUAUGAUCGACAAUCCCAGUUACCAGGGAAUCUGGAAACCCAGGAAAAUACCAAAUCCAGAUUUCUUUGAAGACCUGGAGCCUUUCAGAAUGACUCCCUUUAGUGCUGUUGGUUUGGAGCUGUGGUCCAUGACCUCUGACAUUUUUUUUGACAACUUUAUCAUUUGUGCUGAUCGAAGAGUAGUCGAUGAUUGGGCCAAUGAUGGAUGGGGCCUGAAGAAAGCUGCUGAUGGGGCUGCUGAGCCAGGCGUUGUGGGGCAGAUGAUCGAGGCAGCUGAAGAGCGCCCGUGGCUGUGGGUGGUCUAUAUUCUAACUGUAGCCCUGCCCGUGUUCCUGGUUAUCCUCUUCUGCUGUUCUGGAAAGAAACAGACCAGUGCUAUGGAGUAUAAGAAAACUGAUGCACCUCAGCCGGAUGUGAAGGAAGAGGAAGAAGAGAAGGAAGAGGAAAAGGACAAGGGAGAUGAGGAGGAGGAAGGAGAAGAGAAACUUGAAGAGAAACAGAAAAGUGAUGCUGAAGAAGAUGGUGGCACUGUCAGUCAAGAGGAGGAAGACAGAAAACCUAAAGCAGAGGAGGAUGAAAUUUUGAACAGAUCACCAAGAAACAGAAAGCCACGAAGAGAGUGAAACAAUCUUAAGAGCUUGAUCUGUGAUUUCCUCUCCCUACCCCCUGCAAGAGUGGUCCUAGGAGAGGACCUGGCACACCUUAGAUUGAAAUUCAGAAAACUUCAAGACAUCACCAUCAGCAGGCUCCAGUUGAACACUAGUCUGUGUAACUUUAAACAUCUAGCAGUAAAUACUUGCAGUUGUGAUAUAAAGGACCCUGUUUCUGUAGAAAAGAAAACAUUUAACAUAAUGGUUGUGAAAUAUAACAUGAAGCAAACUAACUUCUUUUUUUUUUUUUUUUUUUAACAUCUUUGUUUUUUAAAAUAGAAUGAUAGAACUUUGCCAGUCUUUAAGAUCUUGGCUUAAUUUAAUGUAUUAAUCUGUUUGUGCAAACAUAAUACCACCAUUUAAAAAUGUUAGGGAGAUGAGUUGCAGUUUUUAUAAUAGAUUUUUUUUAAAGUUUGGUAUUGUAAAACAUUCACAUCUCUGUCCCUCAAAAUUGAUAAUCACGUUUAAAGUGCAGUCAUUUGUGGUUAUAAUCUUGUUUUGUUUGCUUCCAUUACUCAGUUCCUCCUAAAGAAAUUGAGGAGAGGAACUGAAUAGAAGCCCAAAUUUAUAUAAAAGUUGCGUUUAAGUUGUAUUAAAAAUAGAUACGUAAGAAAAAAAAUCUUUCACUUGAUGUUGGUUAGACCAGAAAGCGCGUGUGUUCUGUAGCUCAGUUCCCAGACAGCUUUGCAGGUAGUGGAGGAGGUGGCUUCAUGUGGCACUUGGGCAUUCAUACUCCACUUGGGAGGGUCAGGCUGUGGCCUUCUGGAGCAGGUGGCUUGGUAAGGAACGCUAGCAGGGCAUGGCACGUGAGCUCCGGAGUAGAUGUCUUCAUCACUUCUUCCACUGUGUUGACACUGUUUUCCUUACCUAUUUCCUCAAAUCCCCAGCUUUCUCCUCUGCUAUGCAUUUUCUUCACAGUGCAGCUUGCAGUCCGUUGCUGAAAAUGAUUAUAAGCCCUGCAUAAUGUUAAGCUUUAUUGUGAUUACGUGUAUGUUUCUUCUUUCUUUUAAGCAGACCCAUACCUUUCCAGGGUCAAAGUACAGAAUAGAAUACAAUCUUUGAUUUUUAUCCAUUUCUUUUACUCUGUGUAAAGACUUUAGAAGUCUAAUUCACAGGCGAGCCAAUACAGAAUUGACUGCAGUUGAACAGACUAGAAGUAUUUGUGGGAGGAGUGACAUGAAGCAUGAGUUAUCUGAUUUUUUUUUGUAGCUGCUAAAUAUUUUAAGCCUUCAUUUGCAAUUCAUGUAACAGUUGUGUCAUAAAUUACACAAUAAAGCAGUCCUGUUCAAAUUUUUUUUUAAAUGUGGCUUGUAGAAUUUUUAAAAAAGUGAUCUUAGGUUUUUUCAUGCGGAAUGCAGAUGGGUGCUAUCAGAGCCUCUCCCACACCACUAUAGUGUAAUAAUGUUAUUAUUACUCUACACUGAAACGUAUUCAGAGUUAGAUGUUAUUUUAGCUUUAGUUGUUCUUUAGAGGCUUUCAAAUGUACCGAUGAUACUGUUUCUUGCACUGAUUAUAUAAACACUCCACAGUGUUUAUAUUGGGAAGAUAUUGGGAAGGAAAUAUAUUUGUAAAAGAUGAAGGCUGUAUGUAUUUUUUUUUUCUUUUUAAACUGGUUCACUUAAAUUCUUUAGAGGAUGGGAUGUAUUUUUCUUGCUGAAUGUUCAGUGCUUUUUCCUUUUCAUUUGUUGUUCUGUGGUCACACUAUGACCUUAGCUACAUAGCAGACUUUCCCAGAUGUAUUGAUUACAAAUAAACAGUUGUUACUUAGCAAGACCUGAAAAUAUGUCUGCAGGUUUCUCCUUGAAGCAAAUGUGUGGGAUCAUUGCAUUUCCAGAAAUCUGCCUCCUUCACCCUCCGUUGACAGUAUAUGUCAUGCCUCACUUUCUUCUAGCUGAGCUUUAAAUCAUUAGAGCUUAAAUUGUCAGAUCGUUCAUUGCCUUUCCAGGGUUAUUUAGUAAAGUUUGUUCAAAACAAAAAUGCCUUUUCUAGGUUCUUUUUUCAGUUUUAUUUUGAAGGUCCAGCUUCCUGAUUAAAUGUCUGACAUAUUAAUGAAUGACCAGCAGCAGCUUUCAGCUCUUAAAAAGACACUUAUAUUAUGAUUUUACAUGCUGGUUACCUGUUCCAUUGUUGUCAAAUGCCCACUCUCCAUCAGAUGUGUUCCUCUAUUUUCUUGUCCACAAAGUACUCCUCACUUUUCAAUUUGUCACGUUACUAAAUGGUGUUACAUUAAAGCCCUGUGUUAAGUGUC